ACUUAACACCCAUCAAGGAGGUUACCAUGUACUUCAGGUGGCUAGGAGCCGUGCACACAACUCCAUCCUCAUCAACCGAGCUGUAGUAGAGUGUGUGUCAAGCUUCAAGUUCCUCCAUCCUGGUCAAAAAGGCACAGUGUCUUUACUUCAUACAGAGCAUUAAGAAAGCUCACCUGUGUGCCAGGACACUACCGCUGUACCACUGAGAGCAUACUAUAUAUUUAUAGUAUUAUAUAGUUAUAACUUUAUAUUAUGGUUAACUAUAACUAUCAGAAACAGCACCAUCAUUCAUUAGAUUGUCAUUUUGUAACUGAAAUGAACCACUGAGAGCAUACUAUAUAGUUAUAGUAUAUAGUUAUAACUUUAUAUUAUGGUUAAAUAUAGCUAUCAAAAACAGCACCAUCAUUCAUUAGAUUGUCAUUUUGUAACUGAAAUGAACCAACUUUAAUUUUACUUUUGAUUUCAUUUGUUAGUAUAUCCACACUGACUCAAUGAGAAACUGAAAUGGAACACACACUGUAACUCAAAGGUUUACAAUGGGGCUGAUUGCAGCAGAGAUGUUUAUCUGAUAAGCGUGUAGGUUAAAAGACACAGGAAGCCAUGCCCGCAUUCGUUUGAACGAGCGAUUCUGUGGAAGCAGUGACCUGGAUUCCCAGGUAGAGCGAGGAGAGAAGUGAAAGUGAGAGUAAAAGCUGCCGCUGGAGCUUUCGUCUCUGGUCUCAUGACUCCCGUCGUGUUCCUCAGUCAUUUGACAAGGCAGUACUCGCCGACGGUCAGAGAGACCCCUGCUCAGUCCGAGAUGGUCUGAGGGGAAAUGAGGGAGGGGUCACUGGUUGUAUUUGGUAGGAUUUCCUGCUAUUUUCCUUUCUGAUCAAAGUACCGUUUCUUAUGGAGAUGUUAGCGACUCAAUUCCAUUAAUGAAGGAUAGAGUUCCAUGAGAAAUGCCAUACCACUUGAACAGCAUGUCGGAUAUACCCAUGGGUGAUUCUGCAUUCCAUGACGUGGACUUCCCCAGCAUCAUACUUCACAAUGAAGACUUCUCUCAGGACCUCUCUUGCUUAGAUGACCUAUCCUCCACCUCUCUGUUCUCCUCUCCAGCUGACUCUCUGUCUGAGUACACCGAUGCUCAGGCCUUCCUCAACAACGACAGCUUGACACGUGUGCCCACACUAUGGGAUAUCAACACCCCAGCACAGAACCAACCAGAGCUAAACUCCACCAGGUUUCAGGGUCUGAACAGUUUAGAGGACCUGAGAGCCAGUAUCCAUACCCAUACUCCUCUGGCAGCAUUCCAGCCACAGAGGCCUCCCACACCACCUGAGAAUGAGCAGGAGGCAGAUGAGGAGGAGGCGGAGGAACUGGGCCAUGUGGACACCUACGCAGACUACAAACCCUCCAAAUCCACCGUAGGGAUAUCCCAUCCUGACCGGGUGGUGGAGACCAACACCCUGUCCAGCGUGCCUCCCCCCGACAUCACCUACACCCUCUCCAUCCCAGACCCCACCAUCAGCAGCGGCCUGCUGUCCGCCCUGCAGCUCGAGGCUAUCAUCUACGCCUGCCAGCAACACGAGGUGAUUCUGCAGAACCAGCAGAGAGCAGGCUACCUGAUCGGAGACGGGGCCGGGGUGGGCAAGGGCCGGACUGUGGCCGGGAUCAUCCUGGAAAACUACCUAAAGGGAAGGAAGAGAGCGCUGUGGUUCAGUGUUUCCAACGACCUGAAAUAUGACGCAGAGAGAGAUCUCAAAGACAUCAACGCACCCAACAUCCCCGUGCAUGCCUUAAAUAAGAUAAAGUAUGGGGACACAGCUACCUCAGAGGGCGUGCUGUUUGCCACGUACUCCGCACUGAUUGGAGAGAGCCAGGCCGGUGGGCAGCUUCGCACUCGACUCAAGCAGAUCCUGGACUGGUGCCAACCAGACUUUGAGGGAGUCAUUGUGUUUGAUGAAUGUCACAAAGCCAAAAACGCCACGUCGACUAAGAUGGGCAAGGCGGUCCUGGACCUGCAGAACAAGCUGCCCCGGGCCAGGGUGGUGUACGCCAGCGCCACAGGCGCCUCUGAGCCAAAGAACAUGAUCUACAUGAGCCGCCUGGGCAUCUGGGGAGAAGGGACCCCGUUUCGGACGUUUGAUGACUUCCUCCACGUCAUCGAAAAGAGGGGUGUUGGUGCUAUGGAGAUUGUUGCCAUGGACAUGAAGGUCAGCGGAAUGUACAUCGCACGGCAGCUCAGCUUCUCAGGCGUGUCCUUCCACAUCGAGGAGAUCAGCCUGGACGAGGACUUCAAGCUGGUCUACAACAAGGCCGCCAAACUGUGGGCCGAGGCGCUGACUGUGUUCACGCAGGCGGCAGACAUGCUGUGCCUGAGAUCCAGGAAGUCCCUGUGGGGACAGUUUUGGUCGUCGCACCAACGCUUCUUCAAGUACCUCUGCAUCGCCGCCAAGGUGCGCCGUCUGGUGCUGCUGGCCAAGAAGGAGCUGGCGGCUGGCAAGUGUGUGGUGAUCGGGCUGCAGUCCACAGGAGAGGCUCGGACACGAGAAGUGCUCGACGAGAACGAUGGGCACCUCGACAGAUUUGUGUCUGCGGCCGAGGGUGUCUUUCAGUCUCUGGUUCACAAGCAUUUUCCCUCAGAGAAGCAGAGAGAAAAGAGUGCGGGAAGCAAGAGGAAACGAAAGCCCCGCGGACGGCAGCCCAAGUACCCGAGGCAAGUGCAGGAGUGCGCCGUAGUCAUCCAGAUCAGCGACGCCAGCAGCAGCGACACCGAGGCCAUGGACAGCGACUCCAACUCCUCCCCCGACUCGCUGCAGGACAACAGCGACGACGUUAUCUUCGUCAACCAGACCAAUGGCCACACCGCAGAAACAGGAAAAAUGAAGGCCAGCCUACUGACCAAGAUCGCAGAACUGGGAAAAGAACUACCUCUGAACACACUGGAUGAGCUUAUAGACAAACUUGGAGGCCCUGAGAAAGUAUCCGAGAUGACGGGGCGUAAGGGCCGGGUGGUACGGCACCCCGACGGCACUGUGGGCUACGAGUCGCGUGCCGAGCAAAGCCACACCAUCGACCAGAUCAACGUCAAGGAGAAGGACCGCUUUAUGAACGGGGAGAAGCUGGUGGCCAUCAUCUCGGAGGCGGCCAGCUCGGGCAUCUCCCUGCAGGCAGACAAGCGUGUGAGGAACCAGCGGCGGCGGGUGCACAUGACCCUGGAGCUGCCCUGGAGCGCAGACAGAGCCAUCCAGCAGUUUGGCCGCACGCACCGCUCCAACCAGGUCACGGCGCCCGAGUACGUCUUCCUCAUCUCCGAGCUGGCCGGAGAGCGGCGGUUUGCUUCCAUCGUGGCCAAACGCCUGGAGAGUCUGGGCGCUUUGACCCACGGAGACAGGAGGGCCUCAGAGUCCCGAGAUUUGAGCAAGUACAACUUUGAAAACAAAUAUGGCACCAAGGCUCUAGAUAAGAUCACCAAAGCCAUCCUGGGAUACACUGAGAGUAAAGUGGCCCCUCCCAAAGACUAUCCUGGAUGCGAUGCUAUGUUCUUUAGUGAUAUGAAACAAGGGAUGAUGAAUGUGGGCAUCUUCUGCAGGGACCCGCGCUUAGGCCUCAACACUGAGAAAGACUGCACCAUCACCAAGUUCCUGAACCGUAUCUUGGGUCUGGAAGUGCACAAGCAGAACUCCCUGUUCCAGUACUUCACCGACAACUUCGACUACCUGAUUGCGAAGGACAAGAAGGAGGGCAAAUAUGACAUGGGGAUCCUGGAUCUGGCCCCAGGCAAUGACGAGAUCUAUGAGGAGAAACAAGAAGAGUUCUUGACCGUGGGGAACCCACACGAUGGCCAAGUCGUACUUUAUAAGAUCACAGUGGACAGAGGCAUGCCUUGGGAAGAAGCCUUUGAGAAGUCCCAAAAACUGAGCGGCUCGGACGACGGCUUCUACCUCUCUCACAAGCUGAGGGGCACUCAGCCCUGUGUGCUGCUGGCGGAGCAGGGUCGAGGCCACAGCCUCAUUGUCCACAAGCCCAACAUCGGCAAGCAGGCCCAGCUCGAGAGCCUGGACAACAUGAGGAACCGCUACCGGAAGGUCACUGCUGACGAGGCAAGGGAGAUCUGGGAGAAUCAGUACACAUUCUCUUUCAAGAAAUGCAGCCAUGCUAACUGGAAUGGGAAGUGUAAAAAGGUGGAGGAGGGGCAGGAGUGCACGCAGGGCAUGCGUCUGCGUCAGUACCACAUGCUGUGCGGCGCCCUGCUGCGCGUGUGGAAGCAUGUCGCCGACGUGGUGGCCGACCUCACCGGCUCCAGCAUCCUGCAGAUUGUCCGCCUCAAGACCAAACAGCUCCACAAGCAAGUUGGUAUUAAGAUUCCUGAGUCGUGUGUGUUGCGCGUGCGUGAGGAGCUGCAGCAGAUGGACGGCGAGGUGAAGCGGCGGCGGCGGGAGCGGGAGGAGCUACAGCGGCAGUCGUACAUCGACCUCCUCAGCCAGCUCCCCUUCCCGUCCAACCCCAGCCAGUUGAGCGGCCUCUCCCCCUUCCUCUACACGCCACCUCCAGGGGCCGUCUUCCCGUCGCUGUCAAAAACCCCUCUGGCGGACAUGCUGGACAGCACAGAGGGCGGAGCCUUGGGUCUGAGUGACCCAGCCGAGGACUUCAGCAUGGAGCCUCUGGAGUCUCAGCAGCAGCAGCCGCAGCAGCAGGAGAAAGAGAAGGACAAGCUUUCACUGGAGUUCAUGGACAGCAUCCAACUGUUCGACUUGAACCUCUGCCCACCGCUUCACAGCCCACUGCCGCCCACCCCGUCUUCACCCACGGCCCUGACCUCUUCCUCUCCGUCCUUCUUCCACGAGAUGCCCUCGUUGACCCUGCCCAGUGCACCGUGCAACACUGAUGUCCACAUUGACUUCCGCGAGGUGCUGAACAACAUGUUCCAGAGCGGUUCGGACAGGCAGUCCGUCAUCAAGCUCCCACUGCAGGGCAGGGACUCUUCUUAACCCCCGUUCCCUAAGCCCACCCCCACCCCCUCCCAUAGGGAACUGGCUCUGAAACCACCGCCCAACCUUCACCCCCUUAAGGCCCGCCGUCUGAUCACUGCCUGACCAAAGUUUGCCACAGCUAGCCACACUCAACAACACCUGGCCACACUCACACAGGUCUGUCCAGGUCCAGUAGGUAUCCCUGGAGACCCAAAAACUUUGGUCUCCAAGCAACAGUAUGCUCCCCAAAUAUGAUCCCUCCCAGCAGCUCAGCUUUAACAGCACUUAUGGCUCCUCAGCCUUCAGGAUUUUUGUUGAGUUUGGCUAUGAUUACAAAAUGUACAUAGGCACACGUGUUAAGCGAUGUGUGUUGAGUUUGGCUAUGAAUAUAUAAUGUACAUAGGCACACGUGUUAAGCGAUGUGUGUUGAGUUUGGCUAUGAAUAUAUAAUGUACAUAGGCACACAUGUUAAGCGAUGUGUGUUGAGUUUGGCUAUGAAUAUACAGUAUAAUGUACAUAGGCACACGUGUUAAGCGAUGUGUGUUGAGUUUGGCUAUGAAUAUAUAAUGUACAUAGGCACACGUGUUAAGCGAUGUGUGUGCCUUCUGUGGUGCCACCUGCCUGGAUCAUUGGGUGGAGGAAGAGAGGGGUGAAGCCAUGAACUGGAAUGAUAGAGGAGGGAUGAUAGAGAAGGUGUCAAAGGAGGGAUUUUACCAUUACGUUAAACUUACAAGGGGGAUGGUUGGGGUUUGGAUCAAAUAUUCUCUUUUAGGUUUACCACAUAGCUGUCUGUCCACCUCUCAGACCCCCACUAUUCUCACAAGCUUUCCAGAAUGUUUCUAAAACAAAGUGGGAGGAAGGGGGAAGUACUUACAAUCUGCUGUUAAAACAGUGCCUUUGGAGAGAGUGGAAUUUUGCCUUUUUAAAUACACCCAAACUAAUGUACAUUAUAUAUUUAACAAGAAAUUCAUCCAUAUUUAUUGAUCUGGGUUUUUUUGGGCAUUUUCGUGGCUCCCAGCAUGAGGGAGAUGAGAAAGAGGAAGAUGUUGAGAGCUUCUCUCUUCCCUGUUGUGGUCACAUGAUAAGCCAGGCUGAGGUGCCUCCCCUUGUGGCCUUACGUCACUUCUUGCGUCACGCACUCUUAUUGGCUCUUCUCACGAAAUUCUCAGGAAGGCUCACGUCAGCUCAGUCAAUAACAUGAUAAAUCACAUGUGUUUUUCUGAUUUUCUCCUCCAAGAUCCACCAAUUUUCCAUCAGCGCGAGUUGUUUAAUCCCGCUGUGAACAUCACAGAGUUCCGUGCCUCUGUACAAGCGGCUCUCUGGCGCUGAGUUGAGUUGUUUUGAAGCAGUGCACUGUGCUCUCUUACCAGGGAACCCCGUUAGGGAAGUCCAACCGUGACGACCAAUGGCAGUCUAAAGCAAUAACACCUGAAACUGAAACAAGCUGGUUAUAGGGCCUAGCAGCGGUGGGUUGUGGUCAUUUUGAAACUUUUGUAUGUUGUCGUGUCUUUUUUGAACAAAUGUGCUUUUAGUACUUGUGACCUUUGUAGAAACAUUGUGAGGGGACAAAAGCAAUGUGCUCUUGAUGAUAACAGAGUCAGCUGUGUUUUGUUAAGUUAUUUGCUUGUUUUAUUUAUAUUUAAGGGACACGCUUAACGUUUCACACUCAUCCUGAGGGAUGCAUACAGUUAAAGUAAACUGGUCAGGGAAGAGUCCAGCAGUCAAACUGAAACCGAGAUACACAUGUUAUUAUUGCACUAUUCGUCAUUGCUGUAUUCGACCUCAGGGUCUACUUCUGUUCUGUUUAAGUCAAUCUUGCUUAAGUGUCAUUUUUCUUUACUUUAGCAGAAUGAUACCAAAGUGUUUAACAAAAGACGUCUCUGGCUACAUCUGACCUAUUCUCCAGCUCAGGAAUUAAUAUACUGUACAUAUAUGUGUGUGGUGUACCGGUGGGAGAUUUUCUUUCUACUUGUGACAUAAGUGAAUUGAAUCUGUGUGUGACACUUACAAGUGUGUUUCUCUUGCUGGGCUUUUCUAUGCUGUAUCUGUCUCAGACUGGAAGAUAUGAACAUGUGUUAUGACAUGGAGGGACUGUUUCCAAUGUAGACUAUAUUUAAUUCCACAGAUUCUGAGGGCCUGAAGUCUAACAAUUCACCAUUUGCCUCUGUGCCAUAGUUAUGUGGAUUUGGUCUUGCUUUAUUGAUUAACCUAAAUCUGGUUAAUGAAUUUAAAUGUAGAAACUGCCCCUCUGUCAAAACCUUUCUUUGAUCAAAUGCUGUGUCUAUAAGAAGGAUGAUAUAUUGACUUCUUGUUUGUAUUAUGCAGAAAAACCAAAUCACUGUAGGUGAAACAGUAUUGUGCUUACAGGCACACAGCUAGUUUUCUUGUGCAGUCAGUCUUAUUCCCCAUUUUUAAGAGUUUGCCUUAAGACUUUAUAGAUAAACACACCAACACCAAACGUCUGACUCCAGGCAUAUUGACGUCCUAAGAUUAAAAAUAGAUAUUAUAUGUAUUAUCAUGUAUAUGGGCACUUUACACCUGCCUUUACACGUGAUCUAAUCCAGCAUCAUGUUACCAGUCUUCUUAUAUGUUCUGUCUCUAUAGAAUUGAAUGGCCUUUAUCAGAUGAUUUGUAUUCACAUGGCAUGGUCAUAUAGGCUACUUAUAGCUGAGAAUUUUGGGGAAACAAAAUGGCUUUCAUCUCAAAGUAAAAUUGAGGGAUUACUUUUCCCAGUACAUUCCAAUGGAUCUGGACACUCCAAGAAACACAGCAAUACUCAUAACUACAGAUGGUGUUUGUUAGUUUUUUAGCAGUUUUAUCACAACACACAGUGUCUUAUUAUAGUUUAUGUAUUUUUUAAUUUGUUUUGCUGACCUGGUUACGAUUAAAUACACUGCUUAAAAAAAAAAAAAAAAAAAAAGAACAGAUAGAAGUUGGUGAAACCAGACAAAACAACCAGAUUAAAAUGAUUUUAUUUCAGUAAUAUUGUAUGGGCUACUAAUCAUAUUUUCAUAUUUUAAUUUGCACUAUGAAAUUCACUUUCUGCUGUCUGCAUAUUCAUAUGAGCGCUUCAGCUGACUGAACCUUUACUCUUUGUCUUUGUUUCUCCACCUUUUUCAUAUAUCAUAUGCAAAGAUAAUUUAUUGCUAAAAACAUGCUACUGAUUGUAUCUAUGACAAGAGCAAAUUAUAUUAUUUGUGUUAAGUUGUGCACUUUCAUUCUGAGUUUGUCUUUAUUUUUUUUCUAUGUAUUUAUAAUUUAGAUUGAUGUAUAUACUGUACAAAUUGUGCCUUUUGAUUAAUUCUUUCAAGUUGUUUUCUACUUGUAACAGAAGGAGCAUUCUGCAGUGCAAUCUGAACUUCGUCAAGAAAUAAAUAAAAGAUUGCUGACAA